UAUAAAAAACAAAUACAAGAAAAAAAAAACAAAAACAGAAGCAAAAGCAAUUAAAAACGUAACAAAUUUUGCCGUUAGUCAAGUUGGGGGCAAUCGCCCAACGUACACGCAACGCGCCCCACCAAAUAUUUCAAGCAAAAAAAAUAAAACAAAGAAAAAACAUUUAAAUCAAAUCAACAACAACAACGAGGAGAAGGAGAGGUCAAACAGCAGGAACCGCAGCACAAACCAUCGCACGAAAAGCCGCAGAGGAAACCCACCUAACCGCAAGGAAACCGCUAACCCAACGCAAUGUCCGACAACAAAGCCGCCGACAACAAUGGGGGCGCCAUGGCGCCUGGCAGCAGCCAAGUGCCGCCACCUCAGUAUAUCAUAACGACACCAAGCGAGGUGGACGCCGACGAGGUGCGAUCCGUGACAGAUUUGGAGCUCAGUUCGCCGAGCGAUGACAAUGUCUUUGUCGUGGGCGAGCACCAUCAGCUGCUGCAGCAGCAGCAGCAGCAGACAAAGCUAAUGCAUACGCAGAAAUAUAGUCAAACGUCGAGCUCAUCGAGCACCAGCAGCAAGUUGGCAACACGUUCCUAUUCCAUGACCAGCAGCAGCAGCAGCAGCGCUGCUGCCGCCACCGCCGCCGCCGCUACCGCCAUGGCCACGGCCACCGUCGCUGGCAGCAUACAGCAAGUGCAGCAGAUGCAGACACAGCACAGCCAACAGAAGAUCAUGUCCAGCAGCACGCGCAGCCAGAGCCUGCAGUCGAGCGCCAUUGUGGGCGAGCAGAGCGGCCAUUUGCUGAGCACGGCAGCGGCGCUUGCUCAGCAGCUGAAGGCGCAGUCAUCCACCUCGAUAAUUACCAGCGAGCAGCGCAGCAGCAGCAGCACCAGCAGCAGCACCACUCGCUAUGUCAGCUCGACCACACAAGGCGCCAGCACCAGCACCGGCGUCAGCAAGUCCAAGUUCCAAAGCUUCCUCCAACAGCCGGAGGCGCACGGCUUUCUCACAGCUCACCAGAAGCACGUGCGCCAGUUUGUGCGCUCCACCUCGGCCCACUCGGAGGCGGCGGCGAGCAUAACACCCGUGAGCGGUGCACGGCCAGAGAAAUGCAUACGCAGCGCCUCCACGCAGAUCGAUGAUGCAACGGCGGCCAGCGGCGAUGCCGAGACAGGCAUACAGAUGUCCAUGUCCAAGCUGGGACUGCAGCAGUCCUCCUCGAUUCUCAUAUCCAAGUCGGCCGAAACUAUCGAGAUGAAGAGCAGCUCCUCAUCGGCGGGCAUGCGCACACAGCUAACCCUGAGCGGUGGCUUCCUGGCCCCACCCAAUCGCAAGAUCACCAUACUAAGUCCCAUACAUGCCCCGCCGGGCCUGCACGAUAUGCUCAAGCGAGCCGGACGCUCGCCCCUAUCGCCACGCAUCAGCUUCCCAGGCAGCGAGGCGGAUCUCUUUGGUUUCGAUGUAGAAAAUGGCCAGGGCGCCCGAUCACCACUUGAGGGCGGCUCACCCAGCGCUGGUUUGGUUCUACAGAAUUUACCGCAACGUCGCGAAUCCUUUCUAUAUCGCUCCGACUCGGACUUUGAGAUGUCACCAAAGUCAAUGUCCAGGAACUCAAGCAUUGCUAGCGAAAGGUUUAAAGAACAGGAGGCCUCUAUACUCAUUGACAGAUCCCAUGGCGAGGAUCUCAUUGUAACGCCGUUUGCCCAAAUUUUAGCCAGCUUACGUUCAGUGCGCAACAAUUUAUUAAGUCUGACAAAUGUACCAGCAUCAAACAAAUCCAGGCGACCAGCUCAAUCAUCAUCCGUCGGACGGGCCGGAAAUGCUGGCGGUGUCCAACUAGCACAGGGCGAUGAGGCCUACACGCGCCUAGCCACCGAUACUAUUGAGGAACUAGAUUGGUGCCUGGAUCAACUGGAGACCAUACAAACCCAUCGCAGUGUCUCUGACAUGGCAUCGCUAAAGUUCAAACGCAUGCUCAACAAGGAGCUCUCACACUUCAGCGAGUCCAGCAGAUCUGGCAAUCAAAUAUCCGAGUACAUUUGUUCAACAUUUUUGGACAAACAGCAAGAGUUCGAUUUGCCCUCGCUGCGCGUCGAAGAGAAUCCGGAUCACUCGAACUUACAGACCACCAGCCAGCAGCAGCCGUAUCCGCGCAGUCGAUCGCCGCGCGGGCCGCCCAUGUCACAGAUCAGCGGCGUGAAACGGCCCCUGUCGCACACCAACAGCUUCACCGGGGAGCGCUUACCCACGUUUGGCGUGGAGACACCCAGGGAGAACGAGCUGGGCACCCUGCUCGGCGAACUAGAUAUGUGGGGCAUUGAGAUAUUCAAAAUUGGCGAGCUGAGCUGCAAUCGUCCGCUCACCUGUGUGGCAUACACCAUAUUUCAGAGUAGGGAAUUACUGACCAGUCUUAUGAUACCACCGAAAACUUUUCUUAACUUCAUGACUACUCUGGAGGACCACUACGUCAAAGACAAUCCGUUUCACAAUUCGCUGCAUGCCGCUGACGUGACACAGAGCACAAAUGUGCUACUCAAUACACCGGCAUUGGAAGGUGUAUUUACGCCCCUUGAGGUGGGCGGAGCGCUGUUCGCCGCUUGUAUACACGAUGUUGAUCAUCCUGGCUUAACCAAUCAGUUCUUGGUUAAUUCAAGUUCCGAACUAGCAUUAAUGUACAAUGACGAAUCUGUUUUGGAAAACCAUCAUUUAGCUGUUGCCUUCAAAUUAUUGCAAAAUCAAGGAUGUGAUAUAUUCUGUAAUAUGCAAAAGAAACAACGCCAAACAUUGAGGAAAAUGGUUAUUGAUAUUGUGCUCUCUACGGACAUGUCCAAGCACAUGAGCCUGCUGGCCGAUCUGAAAACUAUGGUGGAGACCAAGAAAGUGGCCGGAUCUGGAGUUCUGCUGCUGGACAACUACACAGAUCGCAUACAGGUACUUGAGAAUCUGGUGCACUGCGCUGAUCUGAGCAAUCCCACCAAGCCAUUGCCGCUAUACAAGCGUUGGGUGGCGCUGCUUAUGGAGGAGUUCUUUCUACAGGGCGACAAGGAGCGUGAAUCGGGCAUGGACAUCAGUCCGAUGUGCGAUCGCCACAAUGCGACCAUUGAGAAGUCGCAAGUGGGCUUCAUCGAUUACAUUGUGCAUCCGCUGUGGGAGACAUGGGCCGAUCUGGUGCAUCCAGAUGCCCAAGAUAUACUCGAUACGCUUGAAGAGAACAGAGACUACUAUCAGAGCAUGAUACCGCCAUCGCCGCCACCAUCGGCCGCCGAUGAAAUGCCGCAGGAUGAGAAGAUACGCUUCCAGGUAACGCUCGAAGAGUCCGAUCAAGAGAAUUUGGCCGAACUGGAGGAGUGCGACGAGAGCGAGAGCCGGGAUGCCUGCUCAACCACAACCACAGGGACAACGGCACCUAGUGCGGCAGGUGGUGGCUCCGCUGGCGGUGGCAAGCCGUCUGGGAGUCAAAAUCAGGCGCCACACGGUGGAAUAUGACGGAGAGUCGUGGGAAUUUAUCGCAAAUUUACGGAAAAGGCGCACAGCUUCUUCCUAAUACGUUAGUGACUAUAAUUAACAAACACACAGAAGAAACAAAACAAAGCAAAACUUCAACCAAAAAUUUAACAAAAUCCAAA